CUUCUUCUCUUCCAUCUGGCUAGUCGAGCCAAGUUUUACUUAUUUAGAAUUCCAUACCUAAUUACUGGCCAAGACGAAGAUUCCCCUCGCCAGCGGCCCUCUGGCGACCAUUUCGAGCGUGCUCGGUUCCCUCCGGGUCAUUCAGCAUCAGUCGCAGAAAGUGGUGGUGGCGGGCGUGACAAAGUUCCCCCGCCACACAGUCAACCAUCUCUCUUUCAACCAGUAAACGCAGACCUCGGGCCUAACAACGAGGAUUCUGGCCUCGUGGCUGACGCUUCAUCUAAUAAUAAAGAAAACAGGCAUGAUGUCCAGCAUUCGGAUAAUGAUCAACGCUUUGGUGUCAACAAUGGUUUUGACCGUCUGUCCACAGCUGGCCAUCUGACACGAGAUGAAUUCAGCCUGCAUAAGAUGAUUGUUGUGGCCACUUCGGCUGGAAAGGUUGCUAUACUUAUAUAA